AGUGUUCCAUGGUACCAGGACGAGGUGUACUUCAUUACAAUCCUGGCCAGGAGAAUGUCCAACUGUUGGGCACAUUGUGUUAACUUAACAUUAGCUUGGAGCCAAACCAUCGGACCGAAGGUCGUAGCGGCGAACGACGAGUUUGUCCCCCAGGAGAUUUUCAUCACCAACAGCCUCAGGAGACUCCUCGAGAUCGUCAUCGACUUGGCGCUGAACUUCAUCUUGGCCAUGCUCGGCGUCAUUACAAACAUCCUUGUCAUCAUCGUGUACGCCAAACAAGGGUUCAAGGACAGCGUCGGCAUCUCCAUGACAACCAUCUCCAUCUGGGACCUGAUCAAGAGCCUGGGCGGCGUCAUGCAGAGGAUGGCCGGGCCCAUAAGUAUUUUCUCCCCCGUCUACGCCCUCACCUGGACCAAUAUCUGUCUGGUCGUGUUCAACUAUCUGGUGUCCUUCUCCACCUACGUGACCAGCGUGCUGGCCGGCUACGUCGCUGUGGAGCGGUGUCUCUGCGUCGUUUUCCCGCUUAAAGUGAAAUGGCUGCUCACGCCGAGGCUGUCGCUCGUUGUCUGCACGCUAACGUCCCUGAUUGUUUUCGGCUGGUUUUCGGUCAUUUUCGGUAUCUACGACGUGUUCUGGGUGUGGGACGUCACGCUUAACGCAACCAUCGCCAGCUACAAAUUCAGCGACUUCUCCAACAGGAACAGCGCCGUUCUGUUCGGCUACUACAACCUGUCCGGCACGCUGUGGCCCAUGGUCAGUCUGGUGGUUAUCGUCAUCUCGGCCAUCGUUAUGUCAACCAAGCUCAGAGAAGCAGCCGAAUUUCGUUACCAGCGCAAAGAAACUGUCGCGGCUCACGCGCCGAAAUCGUCUGACCCCACGGCCAAAUCUGGUCAGAAGUUAACCAGACCAGUGUCCAGCCGUGACCAGAAGGUCGUCAAGAUGCUGCUGGUGAUCAUCGGCCUGUACGUGAUGAACCUCAGUCCCCGUGUGGCCCACUACAUGGCCAAGUACAUCGUCGAGGAGUACUACUACCUGCGCACGUACCACAACCUCGUGCAUGUGGUCAGCUACGUUAUCCUUUUCUUUGAUUUUUUCAACGGCUCCAUCAACCUGUUUGUUUUCCUCGUCAUGAGCACGUCUUUCAGGGCGACCUUCAACGAGAUUUUCACGUUCAACAAACAAAACAAGCGCUCCAGGUGAAUUGUGAUGAAUUUCUGAGCGCAUUAGUUGAUGCCAGAGGACAUAUUUAGGAAGGGCCGGAUCAUUCCAAACAGAUGCUCAAGUUUACAAAACAAAUCAAAAGUACAGUGCGUGAUUUAUUCAUUAGUCCAUUAUAUUAUUAUAAUUAUAUCGUAUUGUGUAGUGCUAUGCGGG